CGCAACGGCAUCAUUCGAUACUUCAGAGUCUGUGUGGUGACUCGGUUUUUUAAGUGUCACGAUGUAUUUGUUUAUAUUCUGUUGUUGUUUUGUGGGUGUUCUGGGGGCGGCGUUCACAUUGCCUGGAGAAUGUCCCAAAGUCAACAUUCAGGAGAACCUAGACUACACUAAGUUUUCAGGGGUUUGGUAUAACGUGGCCAGCUACGCUAGCGAUGGUCGUUCCAUUUACGACUGCGCCUCCUUAGAGUUUCAAGAGGAUAAUAUGGGGUAUACCUUGAGAGAAACCUACGUGGUGGAAGAACAAGGCAACAGAACUCAGAAGUCGUAUUUUGCCAGAGUUGAUCCUACCUUUGACGCUGCGAAUAAAGCACAGUUCAUUGUCAGCUAUGAGGAUGGAGAUAAAGUUCUACAGUUCCCCUUCUUCAUUUUGUCGACUGACUACGACAACUUUGCCGUCGCUUACACCUGCAAGACUUUGAAGAAGAAACAACGGACUCACUAUGUUUUCACCUGGGUUCUGUCACGCCACAAGGAGAAGCUUCAGGGUGAUACCCUGAAAAAGGUCGAGGAUGCCUUGUCCAGGUACACGGAACUCGCCGAGCACCGCCAAGCGUUUGUCUUCAAAGACUUCUCCGAACCCAGUUGCGCCUACGCCACCAAAUUCGAAAGUGACUUCUUUACGAGUAAUUUCUGGUAGAGUAUGUGUACCUAAUUUAAGUAUGUUAACUUUUAUCUGUGAUGAAAAUAUAUUUUCCUUUCGUUUGGAAUAUACCAUAUCUAGUUUUUGUUAUGUUCAGUUUAUUGAUUACAUCGGGCCAGUCAUAGCAUUUUUAUUGUAUUAUCUUUGGGGACCCAACAGCUUCAUAUACAAAUUAAUUCAAAAGUAAUUUCAGAAGGCGAAUUACAAGCUUCCACAUAUGAAAGAUAUAAUAUGGAUCUAUAUGUGGAAGCUUGUAAUUCGCCAAUAUAUGCAUAUUGGUAUAUGGUUGCAGCGGAUAUAUUUUAUCAAUCGAUCUUCAAAUUGAGAUACAGUCGAAAAUUAAUUGAUAGUAUCAAUCAAUCAUUGUUAUAAAUUAAAAUAAAAUUUAAUUAAAAA